AUGGCUUCUGGAGCCCCUCCGAUGGGGGACUUACCACCAGGACCUCCCCUCAAUCCCCUGUUACUUACCGGCCCAGAUGUGCGUGCUCCUGCUCACGACAAAGACAUUGCGCUCAAAUGCGACACGGAAGUUAAUCGGAUAUCUGUUCAGCUACGCACUGCUCGGGGCACUGGGGGUGCAAACGUAUAUCUACUACCUACGAUACCCAACCGACAGCCGCGUCCUAAAGGCUUAUGGCAAGUCCUCUUGUCAUUCGAACCUUGGGCUCGCGAAGCUCAUGCGUCACUUUGCAGUCCUCGCGGUCUUCGUCGUCGAGCUUCUCACGACGGGCUUGAUGACCUACUCGGCGUGGAAAACCUUUGUGUCCGGAUGGGGAAACCCUAUGGCGUUACUCGAAAUACCCUGGUCAUCUGCCGCGCUCAACCCUAUCGCGGGCUGCCGUUCGUCGGUCUUUCGGCUGUGUUGACAUACACUCAUGAUCUUUCUCCCUCGCGCAACUUGGAAUAUGCUUAUAUGUCAGCACUGAGGUGCGCUCGGGCUCAGAUAAUCUACGGCUCGCAAUUCACGGUUAUUCAGUUCGCCCGGGCCUCCUCCUUGAUAGACGUCGACGGCGCGCUGGACCAUGUAUACAUUGCAUGGCUAAGUACGAGCGCCUUCUGCGACCUCCUGGUCUGUGGCUCGCUCCUACACGUCCUCUUCGGCGCCCAGCGCCAGCUCGCCAUGGGUCCGACGCGGCCAAUGAUCUCGCGCGUCAUAACGCUCACGAUGGAGACCACGGUGCUCACGACAGUGGCGGCAGCUGUCAGUGCGAUUUUGAGCGCUACGUUGCCGCAGACACGGUUUCACUUUAUGAUGUUCUUGAUGUUGAUGAAGAUAUAUUCAAACACCCUUCUCACAACCUUGAAUGCCCGAAACCCGCGCAAUCGCAAACUUGAGGGUGGCACCGAAGUCGUAUUCUGGAGCGACAUGCCCUCCUCGCGGACCAGGGUCGGGCCGACGGGCACGAGCGCGACGACAUCAUUGCCUGCUAUGCAGUUUGCAGUGCCGCUGCAAGAGCGACGUAGCGAAGGACGUGACCACCAGGAUACGGCGGUCGACGACCUCAGCGUUUGGAAACGCGGCGAAGAAUCAGCGUCUGGCCACUGGGAGCCCUGA